GUUCGUUGCCGUAGAGUGGAACGUACCGUGCCUUGUGCUUCUUGUGCCAAAUUUCAAUUUUAAAGCGUUGAAGAGCAACGAAAACCUUCUUGUUGACUUCGGUUCUAACCGGCUCCUAACAACUUGGCACAAGAACCUACUCUAACCUAUCUUUUUAGAAUCAGCGUUGCAUUGAACACAAACAUUGAACACGAUCAGUUCACCAAAUGAUGAACAUUCCGUGUAAUUCGACGGCUGUGAGCAGGAGGAUAAGGAGAGCCUUCCUCUUUGUUCUCCUCGUACAACUCUCGCACGAUUGGACUACCCGAACCGCGACAAUCGUCGACGCGUCGUACUUCAACUACCAACAAACGCUUGUCAUCCCUUCCUGCAAAGACCAUGGAAUCAGCUCGGGGCCCUUGAUGGAAGAACAAUGCGUAGCUCAUUGCUACCCGUUAGAGAUGGAAGCCUUCGAUUAUGUGGACAGCGAAGAAGACCCGGAGUACUUGAUUCGGAAUACCGUCUGCAGGUGUUACGCGGAUUCGGAAUCUGCCUCGACCCCGAGGAGAAAGAUAUCGGAAUGCCACACAAGGUCGCAGGUUUGGGACAAAAGAAAACCGCCCAUGUCGUGCCUCGGUACGUAUGGGAUCAAUAGCCUUGCGACGUGCCAAGAGUAUUGCAAACGGGUCGACCCCAAAGCAUUCUCUUACAAGGGUUCCGAAGGAGAUAGCACGUGCGAAUGUGCCGAAAGGCUCAUUUGCGACGACGAAAUAAGUAGUGCUACGAUUGCAAGUUCUUUGGUAUCGAUUUCAUUAACACUAUGGGCGGGAUGCCUCCUGAUGCUUUGAUCCUAGCCGUUGAAUGUGGCAUUGAUGCUCGGUUUGAACGACGGGUAUGAAAAUUGGUGUAGUUGUAGUUCUGUGUUCGAUCACGGUUUCGAUGAAGUCCGCCAAGGGCAAAGUAGACACAGUAGAUAUUGUAAUGAAGAAAUAAUAGAUGCAAGCAAAAAACCUUGGAAGUAGCUACGACGAUCACCAGCACAAACGAGGUGCUGCGACAAGUAGACAAAGAAGCACUUGCUCCUUUACCAAAAAAGUGAACUCUUCAAUCGACUCUAAACAACCAUAGUGAGCAAGUAAAAAAUAAAGCAUAAC